GGGGCGGGGGGGUCCGAGGCGCCUCUUCUGUCCCUUCCGAGAGCCGGCCACAGGCAUGAGGGGCCCCCGGCCGAGAUGAGAGUCCUGGCGCCAGCCUGCAGCCCAACUACCUCCCUGCUGCUGCUGCUUUCGCUGCUCAGCCCCGGCGGCCGCGGGACCCCCAACUGCUCCUUCCGCUACAGCCCCAUCUCCUCCACCUUCGCCACCACCAUCCGCAAGCUGUCUGUCUAUCUGCUGCAAGAUUAUCCCGUCACUGUGGCCUCCAACCUGCAGGACGAUCAGCUCUGCGGGGCGCUCUGGCGCCUGGUCCUGGCCCAACGCUGGCUGGAGCGCCUCAAGACUGUGGCCGGCUCCCAGAUGCAGAGGCUGCUGGAGGACGUCAACACCGAGAUCUACUUCGUCACCUCCUGUGCCUUCCAGCCCCUCCCCAGCUGUCUUCGCUUCGUCCAGACCAACAUCUCCCACCUCCUGCAGGACACCUCUGAGCAGCUGGCCGCGCUGGAGCCCCAGAUCACCCACCUGAACUUCUCCCAGUGCCUGGAACUGCAGUGCCAGCCAGACGCCCCCACCUUGUUGCCCCCGAGGAGUUUGGGGGCUCUGGGGGCACCAGCCCCCGGGCGCCCUCUUUUGCUGCUCUUGCUGCUGCCCUUGGCUGUCCUGGCCCUGCUGCUGGCCGCUGCCUGGUGCCUGUGCUGGCAGAGGACAAGCCCAAGGACACCCUGCCCCGGGGAGCAGGUGCCCCACGCCCCCAAUCCCCAGGACGAGCGGCUGCUGUGGCUUGUGGAGCACUGACCUGGCUGGGACCUGGUCUCGAGGCUGAAACCAGGGCACAGAGAGCCAAAAGCCACACAGCUCGUGAGCUCACAGAGACAAGAGCCAAGAUUUGACUCUGGUCCGCUGGUCUCUUCUGCCUCAGUUUCCUUAUCUGUUCAAAAGACUAUAUUGGUAAAUAGUCCCUUUUGUCAUGAGGAUAAGUGGAAUGACACACGGGAACCCCUUAAGGUGGCACUCACUCUUCAAUGGAAACAGGAUGUGUGAUUUUAAAUUUUCUAGUAGCCACAUUUCAAGAAAAAAAAGGAAAAAAAAAGGAAAAACAAACAGGUGGCAUCACUAUAAAUAAUAUAUUUCAUCGUGUUCCAUGUUUCCAAAGUAUUGUCAUCGCAUCCUGUAAUCGAUAUUUAAAAAAUCAUUGAGAUAUUUACAUUUUUUUCCACACUAAGUCUUCUGAAUCCAGUGUGUAUUUUAAACUCAGAGCACAGCUCAAUUCAGACACUGAAUCUUCAUCAGAAAUACUUGAUUCUGCACUUAAGAGUCUUGUGACACUUUUGGUGGUUAAAGUGGAUACAUAUGCCUGACUUCUUCCAAACAUACUUAAAAGUCUCCCAGGAACUGAAUCAAGCGUCAGCUUCUAAAUUUAAUUUUACUUUUCUUGUCAGCCCUUGUUUCUGAGCAGUGUUUUGUAUUAAACAUUUUUUUUUUUUAAAAA